CGUUCUUGGCUGUGUGUGGGGGUUAUACGUAAAAUUAUGGUAAAAGUCAUCAUCUUCAAAUUGUUAUUAAAAUCCCCGUGCCUCAGGCGAGAGACGUCUAGAAGCUGUCCCCCUGCCGUGCAGAAAGCCGGGAGUCAUUCGUGAUCGUGCCAUCAGCAAGUGAGAGUUUCACCGUGGAGAACGAGCGAAGAAGGAAAAACGCACGCUCUGUUUGUUAUUAACAAUAUACUCGGUCGGUCUGGUCGGUGAUCACGAGCAGCAGCGAAUGCGUUCCUCCACAGCCGUCCUUAACUGUCUCUGUCUUUGCAUCUUCUGCAACCCUUCGAGAUCGUUGCAAUUCAAGAGUUUGUCUUAUUACCAGACGCGUUUGCUUCUGGAAACGUGCUCCGCGUCUCCAGAGUGGCUUUCCCGAAGAUGUACUUGGCCGCUUGGAUGCUCUUCCUCCUAGCUCUCAGCUUCUCGGAUGAAACUUAUGGGAUUUUAGCCGAAGACACAACGACUAUUAUAGACGACGAUUUACCGACGCGGCAGAACGACAAAUUCGUGAAUCCGUCGUACCCGUACGUCCGCGGAAGCGGGAACAACAUCGGGCCUGGUUACACGGAGGACAGGAUCACGGAUUUCGGAAGACGAUGCUCGGAACGGCUCGAGGAUGCUCUGGAUAAUAUGCGGAGAAGGCAGGCGGCUAAGACGCAGAAGACUCUUCAUCUGAACGGAUACACGCUGCAUCAGCAACUCAGAUCCGUCCCUUACGACAUGUACGUCACCGAUAUGAGGGUGAGAUUGCCGUCAUCCAACAGUUGGGUACGAGUGGAUAAUUGCAGAUACAAUCCGCGCAACAACAGCUUGGAAACACGGCUUUUAUUCAACGAUCUCACCAUCAGUGGAAAAGUAGCUCUGUUCAACGAAGGCGAACUCCAAAGAGAACCAGUCCAUCCCAAUCCAGACGAUUCCUGCAACAUGAUCUUAAGAUUAAGACGCGCCGGAAUUGGAUUCCACACUGAACCAAUUCGGAGGGACAGAGGUCAAUUCAACGUUCGCACGGAUUCGCACUUCCUGGAACCUGGUUUCAUCAGCGUCUAUGCUUACGGUUGCGAUAGAAGAUUGCAUUUCCGGGAACACAGACGCAACUUUAGAGAAGAAGACGAAGAGGAGGAGGACUUAUCCAGGGAAAUGGAGGACAUCUUUUUGAAAGGGAUUCGCUCGCUUCUGACCACAUACAUGCAGAAAGAACUUCAACCUGCCAUCAAAGAGACGCUCAUGACCAACAUGGGAUACACCUUAUCCUAUGGUUGAUCUUCAAAUACACAAAUUUACGUUGUCCGCACAGAAGAAUAUAAUACCUCAGCGUUCCAAUUAUAAUUACAUAAUUUGUUUCGAAUUAUUCUGUAUAUAUGUAUGUAUUAAUGAGGUAUGAA